AUGGAUUCAUUAACUAGUCUACAAUAGAGAUAAAUAAUUGACAAAGAAUUGCUUCUCAAAAAUGAAAAAUUUAUUAAAGAUGCAAACCUUAAUAGUUAAUAUUGUAAAGACUUUAGGGAAUCAUUAUCAGAUUAGAUUCAAAAAACAAAAGAGACAAAUUCUAAUCCUAAUCAUUUCUCUUUAUUAUUAAUUCAUAAUCAAUCCUUAAUGUAUUCUAGUAACUUAUGUGAUAACAUGGCAAUUAACCAUAGAAAUGCAAUCUAACCAUUUUUUGGAUCAUUACUAAAAAAGAGUCCUCAUUGGAUUUAAGGUUAUAAAGAAAGAUAGUGUUCAAUUAUAAAUAGAGUUUUUAGAUAUUAUUCUGCUGAAACUCGUAAGUUAGAAGGAGUACUAAAUUUUGAUGUUUAAACUUAUUAACUUAUUGAUAUUAAGGAUAAAUAAGGAAAUGUUAUUGAAUUUAUGUAAUAAUUUAGUAUUAAAUAAUUAGAAUUAAACCUAUAGGCAAAAUUGAAAAAGUGUUCUAAUUCAAAGGUGAGAAUUCAUAAGAAACAACAAAAUGGUUUUAGAUCAUUAAAUUGCAUUUAUAAGAUUCUUUUGGAACACUCAAUAAAUUAACAUCUCUUUGUCUUUAUGAUAAGUUCUGGAGAGUAUACUAUAUAUUUAUAUUAGCAUGAAAGAAUAUCUGCUUAGUAGCUUGAAGAAGAAGCUGAAGAUGGUGAUUUAAUAUUAUUUAGAGGAAAAAGUUUUAAUUGUUAAAUCUAGCGUGCUUUAACUUAAAAUGAUUAUGAUCAUAUUGGAUUAUUAAUCAAAAUCGAACCUAAUAGACUCUUUAUAUUUGAAUCAUUACCAUCUAAUGGAGUAAGUCUAUGUGAAUGGAAGAAUUUCAAUAUUAAAGAAUGGUAUAAAUUAUAUGAAAAGUAUAAAAUAUCAUAUGAUUAUAGAAUUGUUUAUAGAAGACUGAAAGUAAAUAGAUCAACAGCAUUUAAAACAAAAAUAUUAGAUUUUGUAAAUAAUAAUUUGGGUAAACAAUUUUCUUGUGCUCCAUCUAAAUUAUUGUUGUUAAAUUCAACAACUCUAGGAGAUAUUAAUUUAGAGACAGCAAAAUAGUUAAAUAGAACAUAUUUUUGUUCUGAAUUGAUUGCUAAAUGUUACAAAACCUUGGGAUUUUUGCCCAAAAAUAUCUCUUCAACAUAAUAUUGGCCAGGCUCUUUCUCAUCAAAAAAUACUAAACUUAAGCUAGAUUAAGCUGAGUUAAGUGAUGAAUAUUUAAUUGACUUUUGUAUAUGA